GGCAUGCCCCGGACACUGAGCGCCUCCGACAUGGUCACCCCUGGCAGCCCUGGCCCACCCCCCACUGAGCCCACGGAUGGCGAGCAGGCCGGGCAGCCCCUCCUGGAUGGGGCUCCCUCAUCAGCCUCCCUGGACACCCUGAUCCAGCACCUGGUGCCCACGACUGACUACUACCCCGAGAAAGCCUACAUCUUCACCUUCCUCCUGAGCGCCCGCCUCUUCAUCGAGCCCCGGGAGCUCCUGGCCCGCGUCUGCCACCUGUGCAUUGAGCAACAGCAACUGGACCAGCCUGUGCUGGACAAGGCCCGGGUCCGGAAGUUUGGCCCCAAACUGCUCCAGUUGUUGGCCGAAUGGACGGAGACAUUCCCGCGGGACUUCCAGGAGGAGUCGACCAUCGGGCACCUGAAGGACGUGAUGGGCCGCAUUGCCCCCUGUGACGAGGCAUACCGAAAGAGGAUGCACCAGGUCCUGCAGGCUCUGCACCAGAAGCUGGCCGCUCAGGGCCAGGGCCCGGAAGGCCUGCUGGGUGCCGACAAGCCCAUCUCCUACAGGACCAAGCCGCCGGCCUCCAUCCACCGGGAGCUCCUCGGCGUCUGCAGUGACCCCUACACUCUGGCCCAGCAGCUGACCCACGUGGAGCUGGAACGGCUGCGGCACAUCGGGCCUGAGGAGUUUGUCCAGGCUUUUGUGAACAAGGACCCUUUGGCCAGCACAAAGCCCAACAGCCCCGAGUCCUGGGGAAGCCGGCCGGUCACCCACCCAGCGAGGGCGGAGGGCGGGGGUGGGCGUGGAACCGAGGCCCGGGGUGCGAAGGAGAGUGGAGCGCACCCCAGGCGCUCUCCAAACCCCCAAGGCUCUCCCAGCGCGUUUCGGUGGGCGCUGGUGCCCUCCAGCGGCCACCCGGGGUAG